AAAAAAGGAAAAGAAACCCUAUCAUCCCAAACUCCGGCCCCAUAAUUCCGAACUGCCAACAUAAUACCACGAUCCUCAACUCGUCCGUUUUCGAACAUCCAGCUUAUCCGGACUGGAUACGAUCACACCCCGCCAUGACAUCAGGUCCCGCACAAGAUCGAGCCAGUUCGCCUACUGGCAGUUUCUACGCUAUGAGCGACGAUGAAGAGGGCGAGUAUAAUACUAUUACUCAUACGGAAUCGGGCCGUGGCGUCAAGUUGUUAUAUUCCAAGAGCAAAGUCUAUAUUCAUCCCACACCAUCAGCAAAGGAUAACAUUCCUGGCUUCAUAGCGCUCUUGCAACAGAAAGGCCCCCACAAUGAUCGACCGGCUUCUUCGUCUUCCGCGAACUCGACCUCACUCGCAUCAUCUGAUCUUUUACUUGCUUGGCUACCUGAAUCUGCCCUCGGCGAGGCUGCCAGUAUCUAUGUCAAAGUCGAUCUCACCGAAGGCGACUCCCCGCCAAAACAGAGCUAUCUCGUGCCGCUCCCCCCUACUGUAACUACCCAUGAAGGGUCGAUUGGCCAUUACGCUUUCGCAAUACCAGUCAGCGCCAUUUAUUCGCUUCUGGUCCGUCCUCCGAGUCUGGGGUGGUGGUUCGGCUCUCUUGUUAUUAAUACGAGAGCCGGGGACUGCUUCCCAGCCCUAUUUUUUCAUGAUAGCGAAUGCCAAUCGACUAUCCUACAGAAGAAGAAAAGAGCAAGGGAAAGCUUCGAUCCAUUUGACAAAAAUGGGCAGAUGUUCUGGGGAGGCGACGAAGUCCUCCGUUGGUUGAGGCGCUAUAUCCAUAUUGAAAGGAGUGGAGCUGAGCCGAACAUCUACCUAGUAGAGCCCAGCAAGGAAGAUAGUGAGGCCUUCAGUGGGAAGCUGACCUCUAGCACACCUUCACAAAUUGGUCGACAGGAUAGUUCACAGGGGCUUUCCAUGCGCCGCGCUGCCAGAUCUUCAGCGGCAGGCUCCAGCAGCCAUAAUGACGCUGGCAUGGAUCCCGUCAUGAAGUUCGUGAAGGAGACUGGGUGGAACCUCCUGGAGAAGUUUAGUAAAGUCACGACGCUCACACGCAGAACCGCACAGGAUAUAAUGGACAACCCGAGAAUCCCACCUCAGGUUCGUAGGCUGAUGCGAAACCCCGAAGUUCAGACGCUACAAGACGAAUUCGAUAGCGCUAGGGUCUACCUUGCCAGAUGGGCAAUGGGCAUAGCGGAGCAGAGUGAAAGGGACCGAAGCCGGAGAAUAUGGACCGCUCGAGAUGUUAUGGAACUGGAAGAUACCGAUGUUGGGGAGUUUGAGUUGUUAGAAGCAAGCUCCCUGUCCCUGCAUGAGAGACGGAAGCCAGUGACACUGAAAGAGUGGAAUGAUUAUUUCGAUCAACGAACAGGGCGCCUUGCGAUUACGGUCGAUGAAGUCAAGGAGCGCAUCUUCCACGGUGGCCUCGAUCCCGAGGAUGGAGUCCGUAAGGAAGCCUGGCUAUUCUUGCUGGGCGUGUACGACUGGUACAGCACUACGGAGGAACGGAGAGCGCAAGCCGCAUAUCUUAGGGACGAGUACGUAAAAUUGAAGGCUGCCUGGUGGGAGAGGCUUGUCGACCUCGGUGGUGAGGGAGACGAAGGUGAAUGGUGGCGAGAGCAGAGAUGCAGAAUUGAAAAGGAUGUACAUCGAACUGACCGCACAGUCCCAAUAUUUGCUGGGGAAGACCUUCCACAUCCUGACCCUGACUCGCCUUUUGCUGAAUCCGGCACCAAUGUCCAUAUGGAGCAGAUGAAAGACAUGCUGCUCACCUACAACGAGUACAACAGAGAUCUAGGUUACGUCCAGGGCAUGUCUGACUUACUGGCACCUAUAUAUGCCGUUAUGCAAGACGACGCAAUUGCUUUUUGGGCUUUCCAACAUUUUAUGGAUCGGAUGGAGCGAAACUUCCUGCGAGACCAGUCUGGCAUGCGAAAUCAACUUCUUACCUUAGAUCAGCUGGUUCAGUUCAUGGACCCGAAGUUAUAUGCUCAUCUUCAAUCCGCCGACAGCACUAACUUCUUCUUUUUCUUUCGCAUGCUAUUGGUUUGGUAUAAGCGUGAGUUCAAGUGGAUGGACGUCUUGCACCUAUGGGAAGUGCUUUGGACGGACUAUCUGACCAGCAGCUUCCAUCUAUUCGUCGCCUUGGCCAUUUUAGAGAAGCACCGGGAUGUGAUAAUGGCGCAUCUACAGCAUUUUGACGAAGUUCUUAAAUACGUCAAUGAACUCUCCAACACGAUAGACUUAGAGUCGACGUUAAUCCGAGCAGAAGCCUUGUUCCGCCGCUUCAACCGGUUGAUUGAGGCUAUUGACAAGAAGCAAAACUUCCCGGCUCCAAGGGCUCGCAGCAGCUCACACUCUCCUGAAUCUUCUUCUAGUUCUGGUUUCAAGCCAUUGGAAGCGCCGCACCAAACAAGAGGCAGCAGCAGUAACGGAAAGGCGCCGGAGGAGCAGAAGAAAACGAUUACCCCUGAGCUGCGGAAGCUACUCAGCAGAACCGUAGAAGUAUUGCCCAAAAAGGCCGCGCAUUCAAAGAAGGACGGCGUCGCUGCUGAAACUGCUUAGGAAGUAGUUUACUAGGUCGUUGAUGAUGGCGAUGUGGCCAGGUAGGGUUGGGCUGGAACUAGGGAUCGGGGUGUACUUUUAGCUUUAGGAAAACAUCAGAUGUGAUAUACGUCGUUAUGGGAUUAGUAGGUCUCGGAGGCUUUGUGGUGUUCAGGGGGCUUUGAAGGUAUACAUAGGUAGUAUCAAAGGGUCAGACACAACUACUUCAACAGAUUUUCUCUCUCCUUCUUGUUAGGCUUGAGACCAUGCUUGCUUGCUUGCUUGCUUGCUAUGUCCGUCAAGAUUUUCACACACGUAAUAAUAGGUAGUGUAAUGAAGAUUCUCCUCAAUUAGACAUAAUGG